CAAAGCAAAACAAAUAGGAAUGAUGAGUAAAGAUUAUGCAUGGAUAAUAACAGAUAGCAUCACAAAUGAUUUACAUUUAACGAAUCGUUCUGUCAUAGAUUCAAUGCUAGGGGUAAUAGGAGUACAACCUUAUGUUCUACAGACAAAGGAGCUGGAUGAGUUUAGAAUUCGAUACAAGAAAAGUUUUAUGGAGAGCAACCCAAGAGCCCUUGAUGUGGACAUUUACGGGCUAUGGGCUUAUGACUCGGCAAUUGCACUAGCCAUGGCAGCAGAAAAGGCAAUACUAGGAAAUACUACAUAUCGAGCGGCCAACGUGUCUAGAAAUUCUACAGAUCUUGAAGCCAUUGGAGUAUCAAUAAGUGGACCAGAGCUGAUUCAGGCUUUAUCAAGUAUCACGUUUACAGGUCUUGCUGGAAAUUUUCUAUUAGUUAAUGGCGAACUCCAAGCACCUCCUUAUCAGAUAGUCAAUAUAGAUGGUCCUCGAGCUAGCGGCAUUGGAUAUUGGACAAAAGAGAGUGGAAUUGUCAAAGAACUGAACUUCACAAGUGCAGACAAAAACACAUAUUCUACUUCCAAGUCGAAUCUCGGAUCCACUAUAUGGCCAGGCGACCAAUCAUCUCCACCUAAAGGUUGGGUGAUCCCAACAAAUGGGAAAAAAUUAAGAGUAGGGGUACCUAAUGUUCUCACUAAUUUCGUACGUGUUACUUGGAAUUCUGACAACUCCACAAAAGUGGAAGGAUACUGCAUAGAUGUUUUUGCUGCGGUGAUGGCAGCACUACCAUAUGGCGUGCCAUAUGAAUACAUUCCAUUUGGAACACCUGAUCACAAGAUUGCUGGAGAUUACAAUGAUUUGACCUAUCAAGUGUACCUUGGAAACUAUGAUGCUGUGGCUGGAGAUGUAACAAUCGUAGGAAAUAGGUCACAGUACGUCGACUUCACUCUGCCUUAUAUCGAAUCUGGUAUUUCAAUGAUUGUACCGAUCAGUGAUGGUACGAGGAAAAAUGCAUGGAUAUUUCUGAAGCCACUGACUUGGGAACUGUGGUUGACAAGCUUUUGCUCAUUUGUUUUCAUUGGGUUUUUGAUUUGGAUUCUUGAACAUCGAAUAAAUGAAGAUUUCAGGGGGCCUCUUUGGUAUCAAAUUGGCAUGAUAUACUGGUUUGCCUUCUCUACCAUGGUCUUUGCUCACAGUAAGCCACUUUCCAUAUUUACACUAAGGUCCUUUUUGCUAAAUGUUACAUUAAAGCAAAUUCCAGGCCAUGUUUUGGGGAAGGCUAAUAAGAUACACAAUAUUUCCCGACCAUUUGCCAUUGGUUUUUUUGCAGAGGAGAGGGUGGUAAGCAACUUGGCCCGUUUUGUGCUCAUAGUAUGGUUUUUGGUGGUACUUAUACUAACCCAAAGCUAUACUGCCAGUCUUGCAUCCAUGUUAACAGUCCAGAAGCUGGAGCCAGCAGUUACUGAUAUUACUGUUCUUAUGAGAAACAAGGACUAUGUAGGCUACUCAAACACAUCAUUUCUACAUGGAUUUCUGAAAAAAUAUUUUAAUGAAUCGCAACUUCGGCCAUUCUACUCAGACGACCAUUUAGAUGAACUUCUCUCUAAAGGGAGUGGAAAUGAUGGAAUAGCUGCUGCCUUUCAAGAGAUCCCUUAUAUUAAGAUUUUUCUAGGCAAAUACGGUUCAAAGUACAUGAUGGCCGGACCCCCGUAUAAGGCAGAUGGUUUCGGUUUUGUAUGUUUCUGGCCGAAUUCUGCUGAAAAUACUCUGUAUAAUACUGUUCAUUUUUUUCUCAUUCUAAAAUCUCUUUUUUCUUCUUUGAAGGUUUUCCCAUUAGGUUCUCCUCUAGGACCUGAUGUUUCAAGAGCAAUUCUGAAUGUCACCGAUGGCCAAACGAUGGAGGAGAUUGAGAGGAAAUGGUUCGGAGAUAAGACAGAUAAUCCAGAUUGUAACACCUUACGUCCACACAAAAAUCUUGGGCUAGGAAGCUUCUGGGGACUCUUUCUAAUAGCAGGAAUAGUUGGAGUUGCAGCCUUAAUAUUCUACGUGAUUACAUUCCUAAGUGAAAAUUGGAGCGUCAUAGAGCGCUCCAGUCCUGAAUCCAGUAUGUGGAGCAAGAUCGUGAAAUUACUGCAUACGUUCGACAACAAAGAUUUGCGAUCUCACACACUCAAGGAACUUCAACAGAGUGAGAGAGAUUAUAAUGUCUUUUGUAGUGGUUGUAUGGGGAGGGAAAUGAAUUCACCUCGUGAAAGCUACCAACAAAGCCCACAACAUCUCUUAUUGGGCUCUCCACGCGUAAAUGGCUUACGAAGUCCUGUUUAUGGAAGUCCCUCAUUUAAUCGGAGCUCAGCAGAGAAUGCAACUACAAGUCAACAAGGUGAAUCGUCUAGGAGGAUGAAGGGAAAGAUUGAGCUUGCUGAUCGGAAUUAAAACGAAAAAACAACCUCAACAUCCGCACAUGGGAUUCAUUGAGGAUGCCAGAUAACUUGUUUGAGGAGGUGUUAUUGUAACUUAUAAAUCUGUUUGCUACAUGUUUCAUUUUAUUUUCCUUAAAUCCUCUUCUUUGGACUUGCACCAGCAAGUUCUCUUCUGUUUCCUUUCAUGUUCGAACCUUUGUACUCUACUAUAAUUAUGAAAUAUGAAUU